AUGCGUUUUCUAGCAAUCAUUACCACCCUGUUCCUGGCCCCGACUGCUGUUUUCGCAGCCUGGGGCUACACUGAUGACGGCAAGAACUAUGUCAUUGAUACAAAUGCGAACCUUAUCGUCAAAGUCAGCAAGACAAACGGCGACAUGACCUCGAUUAAGUACCGCGACAUUGAGUACAACGGCCAGAACGGUAAAAAUUCGCAUGUCGAAUCUGGUCUUGCGCCUGGCACUGUCACGAUCAAGCAAUACACUACCCCAGCCAACAUCAUCAAGGUGACGAUGAAAGUGGGCACUCUUGUUCACACUUUGAUCUUUCGCUAUGGCAAUCCCAAUGUCUACAUCUUUAUGAAUAAAAAAGAUAGCAGCAUCACUGUGUCGCGAUACAUCCUUCGCAUCCCUCCGAACAUCUUUACCAACAACAUCAAUGAGGACACCGACUGGAUCCCUGACGGUGCGACGGCCAUCGAAUCUGGUGACAUUAAUGGUCUCAACGGCCAGACGUGGUCCAAACAUUACUCUGGCAAGAAAUACGGUCGCACCAUGGACUAUGACUGGGUCGGAUACACGAACAAGAAUGUUGGCAUGUAUAUGAUUCGUUCGAAUCAUGAGAAGGCGUCGGGCGGGCCAUUCUUCCGAAGCUUGCUUCGCCGCGGAGGUAGUGGCGGACCAGAUUUAUACGAUAUCUACCACUACAACAUGGGUCAUACGGACGUGAUGCGUUUUGGGCUUCAAGGUCCCUCUGUCAUCCAUUUCACAGAUAGCGGCGCUGCACCGAACACCGCCCUCUUUGCACGCAAUGCUAAUUGGGACUGGCUCGACACUCUCGAAAUUGAUGGUUGGACUCCAGCUAGCAAGCGCGGCGCUGUCUCUGGCGUUGGUCUGGCGAAUGUGAAGAAUGGAUACCAGUAUGUUGUCGGCCUAAAGAGUGCGCAAGCGCAAUAUUGGACUACUGCAGCAACUGGCGCGUGGAAGAUCAACAAAGUCCUUCCGAGUUCAUACACAUUGAAUGUAUACAAGGGUGAGCUUGAAGUCCACACUAUCACUGUUACCAUCACUGCCGGAGGGACCGUUGCGUUGAAUACAAUCACCUGCAGCGAUCCAUCAGAUACAUCCGUCAUAUGGCGGAUUGGUGAAUGGGACGGCACACCCAAGGGUUUUCUAAACUUCGGCGACAGUCCUAUGAAACCUACAUAUAUGCAUCCAUCAGAUUCGCGCCUUGCAAAGUGGGAUACGGGAAACUAUAUCGUGGGUACCAGUACUGCAGCCAACUUUCCCGGCUACAUCUGGAAGGACAUCAACAAUGAUCACAUCGUCUACUUUCGCCUCACUGAUGCGCAAUUAGUCAAGGGUGCAAAGAUCAGGGUCGGUGUCACAGAAGGUAUGGCCGGUGGACGGCCGACAAUUGCGGUAAACAAUUGGACAGCUCCUUUGCAGGCUGAUAAGGGACAAGGCGAUACCAGAAGCCUAACAGUUGGAACCUAUCGCGGCAACAACUACGUCUAUGAGUUUAGCGUUCCAGCAAGCGCGUGGGUGAACAGCGCGAGGGAAUACCAGCUACUUAAGAUCUCUGUGAUCUCGGGGAAGACGGCUACGGGGUACUUGAGUCCAGGUAUCAGUGUCGACGCAAUAGACAUGGUCGCAACCUAG